CUGCUGCAGGGACAACGUAAACAUACCGGAGGGUUUCCAAGGUUUUAUGUAUGACAUCUAAGAAAUUGAUAGCCUACUUUAAGACGACAAUACCAAGGAGCUAACAACAAGCAAAAGGUGAGAUAUCUUGCUGUCAUGGUGCAUGUGAAGGCCGGGCAGGUGUCAGAUACCACAGCUGCUGGCACAUGUCUAGAUGCCAUCACCUACCUGCCCCCAGAAAUGGGACUGGCAGUUUUGGAGAGACUAGACAUCCCCAGCCUGUGUCGUGCUGCGCAGACAUGUUCCUCCUGGAGUGAGUUCAUCAGCGACACUGAUUGGCUGUGGAAGAAGGUGUGUCAGAACUGCCAGGACAUCGACCCCAAACUGGUGGAGAUGGACCGUGCAGAGGGACUACCAUGGAGGGCAGCUGUGAUGAGGAACUACGGUGCAGCGGGGAUCCAGCGGCAGUGGAGACUGGGCUUCUUCAGUCAUCCCUCCUCGUACGAGGACAUACCUGACAGGUGCAUGUGCGAGAUGGAUGCCGACACCUGGGGCCAAAUUCUACAGCUGGAGCUGGACAGAUAGGGCUGGAAAUGGUUUCAUCUCCAAGCAAAUGUAUGCUUCCACCAUUUUUGGGCAGAAUUUUGUUACAUAUUUUGCAAAAAAUGCUAAAACUACACACAGCUGCUCAGAAAUUCAAAAUGUCCUACUCUUGCAGUGCUGGAAUUUUACCUUUCAAUUGGCUUUGCUGGUUAACUUAAUUCUAGUUGGUCUUGUUGCUCUUGGCAUUUGGAGGUGUGUGAGAAAACUGUUAAUACAUGUAUUUCAAGCAAGAUUUUUAUUCCUGACAUACAAAUAUUCCUGUGUGAAACCAACAAGGGACAGUGAUAGAAAAUCUAUUGUAAAGUAUUCUGUAUGGUAAAAUUUUACUGGCUUAAAAAGAUAACAUAUGAAACAGGAAAAGUAUUGUAUGACUGUGAGGACAGUUUUGUGUUGUAUGUAACAAUAUGUACCAGUAUGUGCAAUGGAUGAUACAUGAAUAAUAUUCAUACAUACUUUCAAGUAUGUAAAAUGUUGUAAUAAGGAUAGUGAUAGAGGCUAUAUGGGAAAUGUGCAUAAUGACAUACUUGAAUGGAUAUUUAAAAAAAAAACGGUAGACCACAUGAGGAGAAGCAAGGUGAAAGAACUAUUCUAUAAUUAUGAAAAGCCAUGUUUUAAAAAAGUUUUUAAAGAUGUUUUUAAAUAUGUGUCUAUUACAUGUAUAUUACAUGUCAAAUGUAUAUCUAUUUUGCUGAUUGAAUGUAGUCAUAACAUAUAUUUUACAGCUGUGCAUGUACUUAAAGGUUUUUUUAAAGCAUUUGGAUUCUAACCCGUUUCAUUUAAUCAUUAACAUAUUUCAACAGCAUUUGCUAGUAUACUUGUACUCAAAAAUCAACAGCUAUAUCAUUUGAAUGUAUAGUCAUCAAAAAGAGAAUCAAAAUGGUAAAAUCUAAAAACUUUACCAAACAAUGUUAACACUGAUUUUUGUUUUACAUCUUGAUGUGUGAUGACCUGCUUACAUUCUAUAUGGAAGUCUGGGUCACCAAUGGCCAUCAAUCAGAAAAUAUUUUUUUUCCUUUUAGAUUAUUAUCUUGGCAUUGUGAAUAAAUGGGGAUUACAAGUCAUCCAUAUAGAUAUCGGUGAAUCUUGGGGUAAUUGU